UUAGGUUAGGUUAGGUAACAAGGUAGCGUAUGUGCAAAUCAUCUUUUUUGUGGAGACGCUAACAUCAAAGAUGCCGACAGAGAAUGUCGCUACUGUGUAUACUGUGGUUAGGGCUCCCUGUUUGCUUUAUUGCACAUGGUACACUCUGUAUCGCGGCGAGGCGAAGAUCGACUCGGAGCUCCUUGCGUCUGCCGCUAGAUGGCGCGGUAGCACAGAGCCUGUGCUGAGGCGCCACACAUACUCAUGUUUGGACUUUGGAGCAGUGAUGACAAGUCGUGGGAAUUUUUCUCAUACGGGAGUCGUUUCGCGCAUCCGUAAACAUGACGUCAGAGCUCUCGACGCAAACGUUUCCAGUGAUGGAUGUAAACGCAGAUAGUAGUAGUAGCGCAAAUAGUGCGCGUGAAAGGUCCCGCGAGUUUGUCCAUUACAGUUGUUUCGCGUUUUUUCGCGAGUUACUUAGGUUAUAUAUUCAUAAUGUAAAAUGUUAUAAUAUAUAAGUGUAGCGAUAAAUGCAGUGAUAAGUGUAGCGAUAAGUUAAGAAAGAGCUGUGAUAAGUGCAAUAGGAAUAAUAAAUAUAAUAUAUUGG